UUCCAUUCACUGGAUUGUCCGGACAGAGAGAGACCCGAGUCCUGCAGCUCAAACCCUCUGAAAGAUCUUCAGCUGAAAAGCAUGCACCUCCACCGUAUCGCCUUCUCCUUUUUCCUCCUGCUGGUUGCUGGGGCAGCCGUGCUGUGUGUCACCGUGACAACAACGCUCCAGGGUUUCCGUGGAUGCGCAGUGCGGGAGUUCUCCUUUGUGGCCCACAAGCCUGGCUGCAAGGGGCUGCGCAUCACCACAGAGGCCUGCUGGGGGCGCUGUCACACGUGGGAGAAACCUGUACCAGACCCCCCCUACAUCCACCGUCACCACCGUGUGUGCACGUACAACCGCAGUCGCCACAUGACCGCCCGGCUGCCCGGCUGCCAGCCUGACAUCUCCCCUCUCUACCACUAUCCCGUGGCUCUGGAGUGCCACUGCGAUGUGUGCUCCACACAGGACACAGAGUGUGAGACCUUCUGACAGACAAGGCUCUCCUCUCCCUAAACGCUUCCAUCAACAGUGUGAUGGCGGAGUCUGAACUGAAAAAAGAUAAAAACAUGUGAUUAAAACUUUAAGUUGGUGGUGAUAGCACUUAGAAAGAUAUAACAGCAGGAUGUUUAUACUGAAAAACAAAAAAAGUCCAGGAAGAUGGAUAUUUCAUGACUUUGUCAACUAACAAUAAUGUGCAUCUAUUUUGCAUCUGCUGUAAAAAAUACAAGUAAUGUCAUACUCAUAAUGUUCACGAUACUCGGUUUCUCAUUAUAUAGACUGCACAAAAAUUAGCAUUGAAUGCAUUUUGUAAUGUAACUG